UCGUUUGCUUGAAAAUAUGAAUAAAGUUUAUUGAAAGAAAGGGACUGUGUGCCGUGUUCAUAUUUUACUCCGUCUCACGCUGUAUUGGAAUCAUAAGAAAUAACUUUUAAGUGUAAUUUAAGAAAUCCGUUUGAAAAACCCUGAACACAAUGUCCACAAAGACGCCCAUCAGUGUGGGGAAAGCGUCAGGCAAGGCAAAGACUGUGCAGACAAAGACGUCUUUUAACAACCCAUAUAAUAUAUGCUGGAGUCCCCUUGAAAGGGAGAACAUGCAUUACAUCUUGGAGAUCCUGCAAAAAAGGUUUAAAGAACUAGGGCUGCAGAAGAAGGAACCCCCCACAAGAAAAAGGAGACCAAGGAUUUGUACUAAAGGUCAGAAAGGUGAUAAUAAAGACCCUGAAGAGGGUUCUUGGGAUGUAAUGCAAGAGGUGCCAAUGGAGAGUUCAGAAGAGGAACAGCAUCAAGGAUGGAGUAAUUUGGAGGUGCGAAAGCAGCUGGCUAUAGGAAUAAAUGAAGUAACUAGAGCUUUGGAGAAAGAUGAGCUUGGCUUAGUACUGGUGUGCAAAUCUGUGAAGCCUGUUCAUAUGACAAACCACUUAAUUCAGCUAAGCUGCAGCCGGGCAGUGCCAGCUUGUCAGGUUCCCCGUCUUAGUGAGAAUGUGUCGGCCCUUCUGUGUCUAAAGAGUGUUUUGGCACUUGGUUUUAUGAGGAACUCUGAAAGUUUUGUUAAUGAAAUUAAUGCUAUAAUACCUAAAGUGCCUCCAUUAAAGGUUCCCUGGCUUGACCAAACAACACCGCAGCAGGAUGUCGUACAGAAAGAUCCUGAGACACCUGCAAAGGAAACGGUCCAGUGUGUGGCUCCUGAUGGAGAUGUGAAGCUGCAUGGCAGUCACAAACGGAAGAGUGACGAGGUAACAGGCACAAAGCAGGAUUCAGACAUUAGCCAAGUAACUUUACACCCCCUUAAAAUAAAGAGGGUGGUGCCUAACCCUGCAAAGAUUCGCAAACAGAAAGGUAACAAAAAAAAGAAAUAGCAUGGCAUUUAAUCUCGUCAUUACUUGCAGCCUGUGCUUCAUUUUUGAUGGCAUCAUUGAAUUUAAUUAAAUUUUUAUUUUGAAGACA